CUGCUCUGCAGCAUUUCUGAACUGGUGCAGUGCCGGUACAUCUCCACUAAUGGUGUGCAGAACAAGGGGGACUUAAAGAGAGAAAUUUCUCCAAUCAACAAAACAUCAACAUCAUUUGAAAACCAAACAAAAAGCAAAAAAAAAAAAAAAAAAAAUCCUGCAUCAUGAGCUUUGACCCAUUCAUUACCUCUAUCUCACGGCGAUGGGAAGAUUCCCCCUCCCGCAGAACCACUUACCGGCUCUCCCGGGGGCCCCUGUCCUCCUCCAGGUGGCCGACACGUUUGGAGCCGCUGCAGCGAUGGGAGCAGAGCGACCUGAGUCAGACGAGCAUCGUGAACGCUGAGCUGCUGGGGCUGCGGGCCCAAGAGCGAGAGCAGAUGGUGGGUCUGAACAACCGCUUUGCAUCCUACAUUGAGAAGGUGCGACACCUUGAGCAACAAAACCGGGUGCUGCUCCUUCAGCUGGAGGGCCUGCGGCGCAGGCAGAGUCAGCCGCCCCGUGUGCAGAAGCUCUACCUUCAGGAGGUACGGGGCCUCAGGGAGCAGCUGCACCAAGAGGCCCAGAAUAAAGCAUGCAUGGAGGUGCAGAGGGAGAAAUUGCGGGAGGCGUAUGCACAGCUGCACGAGCGCUGGGAGGAAGAAGCGCGGCGGCGUAGGCAGGCAGAGGCAGAGGUGCAGAGGUUGCGGGAGGAGGCAGGUCAGAUCGCUCUGUGCAGCUGUGAUGCCGAGGCCAGUGUGGUCUCCCUGGCGCAGGAGUUGGCCUUCUUAAAGCAAGUGUUUGCAGAGGAGCAGGAGGGGUUGAGGGUCCAGCUACAGGUUGCCAGCCUCAGCGUGGAGCUGGACACAAGUAGACCGGACCUGUCGGCCGCUCUAAGAGAGAUCCGAGCACAGUAUGAGAGCCUGGCUGGACGCAACAUGCAGACCGCUGAAGCCUGGUUCCGGGGGAAGGUGGCGAGUGUAGUGGAGCUGACAGAUAAACAGGAGGAGGCUGUGCGCUUGGUACGUGAGGAGACAGCUGAGUAUCGACGACUGCUGCAGUCCCGUUCAACUGAGGUUGAGGCACUGAGGAACGUCAUAAAUUCUCUGAAUGCACAACUAGGGGAGCUAGAGGAGACACAGAACACAGAGGUCAACAAGUACCAGGAGAAGAUAAGUGACCUAGAGAGGGACAUUGCGGAUGCGAAAGAGGAAAUGUCACGCUAUUUGCGGGAGUAUCAAGAUCUGCUUAACGUGAAAAUGGCUUUGGAUGUUGAGAUUGCAGCUUACAGGAAACUCCUGGAGGGAGAAGAAAUUCGAUUUACGUAUUCCACAUUACCAGCCCUAGCUUAAAUCCCUAAAGCUCAAAACCCUAGGAACUCACAUUCAACAUAUUCAUAUUUUGAAUAGCUACGGUUGAGUCAGACCCACAUUUACAUCCUGAAUUACUAACAAAAACAUCACCUUCCCAAACACUGAGAUGCACAUAAAUCAACCCCCCCCCCCCCCCAAAAAAACCCC